CAAAAUAAUAAGACUAGUGACGGCAGCGGAGGCCCCGGGCUCGGCCAUCGCGCUUCCUUUUCUCGUAUAAGAAAGAGACAGCAGGCCCCCGCCGUGGCCUCUUAACGGCCUCUUUCUCGCCAAGCCAUUGCCUGACUCCCACAUUGUGAUGCGCAUAUCCCUCCCAUGGCGAAAUGUGAAGUUCUCAACGGAGCACGGUGGUCGGUGUUCUCAGCUGCAGGUUUUCGCCGCCGGCUCCUGGAAGCAAUGCUCUGCGGCGUCUCGAAUGACCCCCGGAGACAGAUUGUUGAACGCAGGUCAGAUCGGCUUGCUGAUUUACUUCUGGUAGAAGCGCGUGAUUUACGGAGCAGAGAAGUCGCUGAGAAGAGACGAAAGAUGGAAGCGUUCGAGGAGUUACAGAGCGUAGUGCGAAGGCUUCAGGACACAGAGGAAGGCAUCCAUCGCCGGAGAGCGGAAGCCGCGGCGGAGGUGAGGAGGCUUGCCAAGGACAGCCCGGAUUUCCGGCAGUCUCUCGCGUUGCUCGGCGCCAUUCCUCCCCUUGUCGCCUUGCUCGACUCCGACGAUUCCGAUUCGCUCAUUUCCGCUCUCUACGCGCUCCUCAAUCUCGGAAUCGGCAAUGAAGCGAACAAAUCGGCCAUCGUGGCUGCGGGAGCUAUUCAAAAGAUGGUAUCUUUGAUCAAAUCUGGGCCGACGCCGGCAGCGGAGGCGGCAAUCAUCGCCAAUUUCCUCGGCCUCAGCGCAUUGGAUGCGAAUAAGGCCAUUAUCGGCGCUUCCUCUGAUGUGAUCCCCUUUCUGUUGAAUGCUUUCCGAAGCUCUAACUCUAUCUCCUCCACCCAAUCACAAGAAGACGCUUUGCGCGCGCUAUAUAACCUCUCCAUUUCUCCGGCAAACGGCGUCGCUCUGGUCAACGCCGGCAUCGUCCCUUGCAUACUUUCCGCCCUUGUAGACGACACGGAGUUCAGCGAGUGGUCGCUUGCCGUCCUUUGCAACCUCGUCGCUGCCUCACCCGAGGGCCGGCGGGCAGUGAGCCGCACCGCCGACGCAUUCCCCAUGCUCAUCGACGUGCUUCACUGGAGCGACUUUCCCAGGUGUCAGGAGAAGGCGGCCCACAUUCUGAUGGUUAUGGCGCACAAAUCGCACGGCGUAGAGCGAGCGGCUAUGGCGGCGGCCGGAAUUACGUCGGCGUUGCUUGAGCUGACGCUCAUGGGAAGCACACUGGCUCAGAAGCGCGCGUCACUGAUUCUUAAGAUUUUAAGGGAGGAGAAAGGAAAGCAAGUGGUGGUUUCUGAGCCUCUUGGCAGCUGUGGCGCCUCGGCUAGUUCUGCAGCGACGGAGGAAGAAGAAGAAGAAGAGGGUGUGAGUGCGGAGAUGAGGGCUGUGAGGAAAUUGGUGAAGCAGAGCUUGCAGAGCAAUAUGCGGCGGAUUGCACGUCGGGCCAAUUUCCCUCCGGAGUUUUCGCCGUCGGAUCGAUUCCGGGAGCUCACAGCUUCCUCAACUUCCAAAAGCUUGACUUUGUGGUAGCGGUAAAAAUCCAAUUUUUAAGCUUCUGAAGUUUGGUUCAAUUGCUAACAUGCAGAGUAGGUAUUAAAUCUCUAUAACUAUAAGUUUUGAUAAUGAAAUAACAUAGAUGAAAUAAUAUUGAACUUUGAAGGAAGAGAAUGUCAUAAAAAUGACAAUUGACAUUCAUGAUUUAGUUGAAGAAAGAAA